AUGGGCUUGAUAGAGGAGCGAGGCCGAGACGCAAGCCAGGAGCGAGGCCGGGGCGAGAGCCAGGAGCGCGGGGGCCGGUCGCUGUCCGAGAUCCUGCGCGAGGUGAAGAAGCCCGAGAUCCGCAGCCGAGCGCGGCGCGGCGAGGGGGAUGCGGCACGUGACCCGCACGUGCCGCCGCCGCUGACGCCCACACCGCCGCUGGUGCACACGCCGCCAAUGGUACAUACGCCGCCGCUGCCGCAGUCCGCCCUGCCGUUCGCGCACAUGGCCCCGCUCGCGCACCCUGCGGCGCUGGCGGUGCCGGCGCGCGCGCCGCCGAGCGCCACACUCCACGAGUGCCACGUGUGCGGCAAGACCUUCUCGCGGCCCAGCGGGCUCAACACCCACGCCCUGAUCCACACCGGCCACCAGCCCUUCGUGUGCGACGUCCCGCACUGCGGCAAGCGUUUCAACGUCAAGAGCAACCUGAUCCGCCACAAGAAGAUCCACGACAAGCCGCGCGACUGA